CUUUUUCUUUUGGACUCUUCCAGGGCAUGUUUUUAAAAACAUAAAAGGCCCCCUCCACGGAGAACUGGGCCUGUGGUUGCCCACCGCCUGAGAUCUGCACGCUGCAUGCCCACGAGUACCCACUUGGACUCUUGCAAGCAGAGAUAGCAGCAAUGGCAUCGAAAUGGAGCGCUACUGCAUCUUGGUAUUCUCACCCAGCAUAUGCCAGAUACUGGCGACAUUAUCACCAAGCCAUGUUUUGGAUGCGAAGCCACCAGAAUGCCUACAGAAAGUCCAGGGAUUCCUAUUUCACUUCCCCGUGGUUCUCCCCUCCUGGAGUUCUUCCCUGGAACUCUCUUGCUUAUGAGGCUAAGCAUCCUUGGAACUUUCAAGGCCAGCACACGGCCUGGCAGGAGCCUCCCUACAGAGUUUCACAUCUCCAAAGCUCUGGGCUGCCUCUGUGUGAUCGCAGUAGAACCCAGACCUCCACAAGAGAAGGUGAAGCCCCGCAUGAAGACGAAGAGAUGGAGUCCGAUUCAGAUAACGAAGUAGAAUGCGAUGUGAGCAGUAUGGAAAUCACCGAGGAGCUCCGCCAGUACUUCGCAGAGACCGAGAGGCACCGAGAGGAACGGCGGCGACAGCAGCAGGUAGACGCGCAGCGCCUGGAAGACUAUGUGAAUGCCGACCACGGUCUGUACUACAACCACCGCCGGUCAGCGGAGCCCCCAUCCGAGAAGCCCGGGGAGCGGCGCCGAGCCGAGAUGCAGCGCCUGUAUGGGGACAGUGCCCCCAAGAUCCUGGCCAUGGAGGCUGCUGUGCAGCUGAGCUUUGACAAGUACUGUGACAAAAAGCAGCCGAAAUACUGGCCUGUCAUUCCCCUGAAGUUCUGAGUCCUGGGCACAGGGACCCUGGGAAGUGCCUCCUGGACACAGUUCCUGUCCUCUCCCUCCUACCUUUGGAGUGUUCUCUUCAUCUCUCCGGGACAUUUUUCAGAGAAGGAGGCUUGUAUACCGACACAGUGGAUGCAAUCUGUCAGCCACUUAGAAUUCAGUCAGCAGGAGGUGUACUGUUUGUUGCCAACACAAGGAAUGCCAUAAAGUGAUAAUCGUG